AUGUCUAGUCCACCUUCACCUAGAACAGCAGCUUUAACUGUUCAGAUCGCAGCCAUGCGUGACAAUUUUGAAAGAUUGUUAAGAGAACAAGGUGAACAACUUCAACAAAGAAUUGAUGAGUUGGAAAGGAGGCCCCAAAAUUCUAAUGAUGGUAGUGGCGAUGAGGAGGAAAGAAGACGUAGAAGGAGACAAAGGGGAGAUAAUUUGAGGGGCAUAAAAAUUAAAGUUCCAACUUUUGUUGGGAAGAGUGACCCGGAGGCAUAUCUAGAAUGGGAGACUAAACUUGAACAAAUUUUUAAUUGUCACAAUUAUUCUAACCUUGAAAAAGUGCAGGUUGCUUCUAUUGAGUUCAAGGAGUAUGCUUUAGUUUGGUGGGAUCAAUUGACCAAAGAUAGAAGGAGGUAUGCAGAACGACCAAUUGAUACUUGGGAAGAGAUGAAAAGAAUCAUGAGGAGAAGGUUUGUUCCUUCCUAUUAUCAUAGGGAAUUGCACAACAAAUUGCAAAGGCUCACUCAAGGUUCUAAAAGUGUUGAAGAAUAUUUCAAGGAGAUGGAAGUUCUCAAAAUUAGAGCUAAUGUAGAGGAGGACGAUGAAGCAACUAUGGCUAGGUUUCUCCAUGGUCUAAAUCAUGACAUUAGUGACAUAGUGGAACUUCAUCACUAUGUUGAAAUGGAUGAAUUGGUACACCAAGCUAUCAAAGUGGAACAACAACUCAAAAGAAAGAGCCAAGCAAGGAGAAAUUCCACCACUUUCAAUUCUCAAAGUUGGAAGGACAAAACAAAGAAGGAAGGUGCUUCAUCAUCUAAGGAAGCCACGGUUGAAAACAAAGGUAAAACUAUUACAUCUUCUUCUUCAAGUGUUUCAACUAACAAAAGUGUUAAGUGUUUCAAGUGUCAAGGCCAAGGACAUAUUGCAUCUCAAUGUCCAACAAAGAGAACUAUGCUUAUGGAAGAAAAUGAAGAAAUUGUUGAAGAAGAGGAUGGUGAUUAUGAUGAGGAGUUUGAAGAAGAAAUACCUAGUGGAGAUUUACUCAUGGUGAGAAGAAUGCUGGGAAGCCAAAUAAAGGAGGAGGAAAGCACGCGUCUGGUUUCUAAACUAAAAUUGGAAACAAAACCUCACCCUAAGCCUUACAAACUCCAAUGGCUUAAUGAAAGUGUAGAAAUGCUUGUUAAUAAACAAGUUGAGAUUUGUUUUAAAAUUGGAAAAUAUGAGGAUGUAGUGUUGUGUGAUGUAGUACCAAUGGAAGCUAGUCAUUUGUUAUUAGGAAGGCCUUGGCAAUUUGAUAGAAAAGCCAAUCAUGAUGGAUACUCCAAUAAGUACUCUUUUAUGUAUCAUGAUCAAAAGAUCAAUCUUGUACCGUUAAAUCCUAGUGAGGUGAGAGAAGAUCAAAGAAAAAUGAGAGAAAAAUAUGAUCAAGAAAGAAAAGAAAAAGAAAAAGAAAAAGAAAAAGAAAAAGAAAAAGAAAAAGAAAAGAAUGAAAAGAAAAAGAAUGAUAAAAGAGAAAAGAAACGCACUAAUUGUAGGGCCAUUAACAAUAUUACCAUUAAAUAUAGGCAUCCUAUUCCUAGACUAGAUGAUUUGCUUGAUGAAUUGUUUGGUGCAUGCUUAUUUUCUAAAAUUGAUUUGAAAAGUGGAUAUCACCAAAUUAGAAUAAGGGAAGGGGAUGAAUGGAAAACUGCUUUUAAAACAAAAUUUGGUUUGUAUGAGUGGAUGGUUAUGCCUUUUGGAUUAACUAAUGCACCUAGUACUUUCAUGAGACUAAUGAACCAUGUGUUAAGGGAGUUCUUGGGUAAGUUUGUUGUUGUGUAUUUUGAUGAUAUUUUGAUUUAUAGCAAGAACUUAGAUGAUCAUUGCAUUCAUUUAAAGGCUGUUUUGCAAGUGCUAAGAUAUGAAAAUUUGUAUGCCAACCUAGAAAAAUGUGUCUUUUGCACCGAUCAUGUGAUUUUCUUAGGUUUCAUUGUAAGCUCUAAAGGAGUCCACGUUGAUGAGGAAAAGGUGAAAGCCAUUCGAGAGUGGCCUCCUCCCAAAAAUGUAAGUGAGGAUGUUGGUUUUAAAUGGGGUGAAAAACAAGAGCAAGCCUUUGCUGCCCUAAAGGAAAAGCUCACCCAAGCACCAGUUCUUGCAUUGCCUAAUUUUUCUAAAUCUUUUGAAAUUGAAUGCGAUGCAUCUAAUGUGGGAAUUGGAGCUGUUUUGUUGCAGGAAGGUCAUCCACUUGCUUAUUUUAGUGAAAAGCUAAAAGGGGCUGCCCUUAAUUAUUCUACAUAUGAUAAGGAAUUGUAUUCCUUGGUGAGAGCUCUACAAACUUGGCAACAUUACUUGCUGCCCAAAGAGUUUGUCAUUCAUAGUGAUCAUGAAUCCUUGAAACAUUUGAAGGGACAAGGUAAGUUGAAUAAGAGGCAUGCCAAGUGGGUUGAGUUUCUUGAACAAUUUCCUUAUGUAAUCAAGCAUAAGAAAGAGGCGCAUGAGGGAGGACUAAUGGAGUUUGCUUACAAUAGGGUUGUCCAUAGCACUACACAACAUUCACCUUUCGAGAUUGUGUAUGGUUUUAAUCCUUUAACACCUCUUGAUUUGUUACCAUUGCCUAACACAUCUAUUUUGAAGCAUAAAGAUGGGAAAGCUAAGGCUGAAUUUGUGAGAAAAUUGCAUGAACAAGUAAAAUUGCAAAUUGAAAAGAAAAAUAAAAGUUAUGCAAAAAGUGCAAACAAAGGGCGAAAGAAAGUUAUUUUUGAACCCGGGGAUUGGGUUUGGAUACAUAUGAGAAAAGAGAGAUUCCCAUCACAAAGGAAGUCCAAACUUCAACCUAGGGGAGAUGGACCAUUUCAAGUACUUUCAAAGAUCAAUGACAAUGCCUACAAAAUAGAACUUCCAGGUGAGUAUGGGGUAAGUACUACUUUUAAUGUGGCUGAUUUAUCUCCUUUUGAUGUAGGUGAUGAUGGUCUAAAUUCGAGGUCGAAUUCUUUUCAAGAAGGAGGGAAUGAUGAGGACAUAAUCCAAGACAUAAAUGAUACAAUGCAAGGCUUAGGAGGUCCUAUGACAAGGGCACGUGCAAGAAGAGUCAAUGAUGCUUUAGUUCACUUCAUGAUCAAGUCAAUAGAAUGCAUGGGCCAGAUUGAAGAAAAAGAGCCCAAGUUUAUUCUUAUCAUCCAAGCAUGUGAUAAAAGGCCCAAUAAUGCAUAAAUAAAUAAAAAUAAAGGAAAUACCAAUAACCACACUAUAAUGGACGAAAAUUACAAGAGAAGUGGUAAAUAAAGAAUUGCCAUUAUUUUGCCCUUUCAAAAACCCCACUAUCUCUUCUUUAUUUUGCACUUUCUUUGUAAUAACUCAAUCCACUAUCAUGAUAAUUAGUGGUUGAAACCCUUUUGUUUUCUUAGGAGUUAUUUUUUUAUCUUAAGCCAUUCCUAUAUAAAGGAGGCAUGUAUCUUCUUUUUAGAUGAAUGAAUUUUGGCAAGUUUACACAUUGUGUAAGUGAGAGUAUUUGCUCUU